UUCCAAACUUUUUAACUACUCUGAAUCUAGUCCUGUGACCCUCCUCCCGUCUUUCUCCCUCUCUGUUACCUUCACCUCUUUCCCAUCUCACUUUUCUCUUUAUUCAUUCCUUUCUUCGAGGAACUCUACAUAGAUUCUGUGCUUGGUUCCUGUAAAUUCUUUUCUCUAGUCCCUUUACCCAAUUUGCCACCACCCAUCUUGACAAAUUUGAGUAUUUGAAAGGAUGGGGGUGGCUUAUUGGGAUGUAAUGUCGCAAUUGCGUUUGUUGGUACCCUGAAUUAUGAUUUGAUCUUGGCUUGUUCUGAUCUGGGAAUCGGAGUUCCUGCAAUGGGGCACUCGAAGAAGGAGAACACCCGGGCUCCGGCGGUCAGAAAGGACCCUUACGAGGUUCUCGGCGUCUCCAGAGAUGCGUCUGAGCAGGAAAUCAAGGUUGCUUACAGGAAACUUGCGCUAAAGUAUCACCCUGACAAGAAUACAGGCAAUCCUGAAGCUGCAGAACAUUUUAAGGAUGUCGCUUAUUCCUACGGAAUUUUAUCAGAUCCAGAGAAAAAGAGGAUAUAUGACAGUUCUGGGUUUGAGGCAUUAGAGGCUGAUGGCAUGGAUAUGGAGAUUGACUUGUCAAAUUUGGGAACUGUAAACACAGUGUUUGCAGCUUUGUUCAGCAAGCUUGGUGUUCCCAUAAAGACAACAAUUUCAACAACUGUGCUGGAAGAGGCUCUCAGUGGAAAUGUCAACAUUCAGCCACUCCCCCUUGGAACUCCCAUCAGCGGCAAGGUUGAAAAACAAGACGCACACUUCUUUCGCAUAUCUGUUAGUGACCAACAGGCUAAGGCUGGUAUUGUGGUUCGAGUUGUAUCAAAUGCCCAAAGCAAAUUCAAGCUCCUUUAUUUUGAAAAGGAAGCCAGUGGAGGAUAUGGACUUGCUUUGCAGGAAGAUAGUGAAAAGACUGGCAAAGUGACAUCUGCAGGAAUGUAUUUCCUCCGCUUCCAAGUCUAUCGGAUGGACUCAACUACAAACGCGCUAGCAGUGGCCAAAGACCCUGAAGCUGCAUUCUUCAAGAAACUCGAUGGCCUUCAUCCCUGUGAAAUUUCAGAACUCAAGGGAGGAGAUCACGUAUUUGCUGUAUAUGGUGACAACUUCUUCAAGAGUGCAAGCUACACCAUUGAGGCUGUAUGUGCUCAAUCAUUGGAGGAGGCAAGUGUGAACCUCAAGGAAAUAGAAGCUAACCUCCUUGUCAAGCGGGACGAGCUGCAUCAGUUUGAGAAAGAGUACAAAAAGGCCCUGGCACACUAUCAGGAGGUGAUGAAGCGAUAUGCAGAGGAGAAGAAAAAUGUUGAUGAGCUGCUUAAGCACCGAGAUGGCAUCCACUCAUCAUUCUCCACCGGCAGAGUGGUCAAAAUGACCACUAGCAGCAGCGGCAAACAUCUAAAUGGAGAUUCUAGAGGAGAAGAUGUGAAUGCAAUGAAGGAUCCUUCUUCGGAUGGGAAAGAGAGAACGGGCAAGAAAAGGUGGUAUGAUCUGAGAAAAUCCACUAUUUUUCAGGGUAGAGCACAUCAUCACUAGAAGAACUCGAAAUGGAAGAAGAUGCUAUUUGUUUACUGCAUUCCCGCUUGUCUAUAAUGACCGGUAGCAUCAGUGUGAUUCUUUUCAUCUUGUAAAAGUUGGCUUCCAAUCCACCUAAAAGGCAAGUUCAGACUGGGUAGAGAUUAUCAACAACGACGUGUGUGAUAUCUUAUUCAAAAUUUUUACUUGUAUCAAAGAGAAUAGACUUCGGGCUAUGUGGCUGUGAUUAAUAAGACUGGCUCGGUGCUUAUA